AUGGGCAGCGACGACGAGAGCCAAUUCUACGUGGCCCCGGCGGUAGCGGCGACGGCGCCAGAGGCAGCUAGAGGGCCAGCGGCUGUGGCGGAUACCCUUGUUGCGCGACAGGGAAGCGACAGCACUACACGAACACGCCGGCGUGGCAGCGGGAUACCAAGCCUUAUAAGUAGGCACGGCAGCAGGAGUACGCUCAGCGUGGAUAACAGGGCUAGCCGCACGCAGGAGAUUAGCAGCCAAGCAGCAGCAGCGGCAGUCUUCGCCGCUGAAGCCGGAGGCUACAACGUCGCCGGCCUUCCCCCUGCCUACUCGAGCGGAGCCGGCCGCAACGGCGGCGGCGCCCACCACCGGCGAAUAAGCUCCACCACCUACACCAACGGCACCUCCUCGUCGCUGGAGCUCUCGGUCAACUCGGGGCCUGGAGGUCGAACCAUUCCGCGGGAGAUGGUAGCCGCCGGUGCGGACGAGGCAUUUGACCCCGCGGGAGGCGGCACCGGUGGAGAGGAGGCCGACGAUGGCGGGAAGGACUCGAGCAGCGAGGGGGAUAUGACGUGGGAAGACUUCCUGGCGACGACGGACGACCUGGGGGACUCCGCGCAGGCGGCGGCGGUGGCCUCGGCGUCGGCCAUGGCGCCGCCGCAGGCACCGCCACCGCCGGGGGGGGCGGCGGCGGGCGUGGGGCCACCGAUGAUGAUGUCUCGUCGCCCGCAGCAGCAGCAGCAGGCGGCACCGGCGCCGGCACCGGCGCCGCCGCUGCCGAUGCGCCCCGCUGCCGCGCACCGGUACUCAAACAGCACCGCCGCUCCUGUUGCUACUGCUCCUGGGGCCGUCGCCCCGGCGCCCCGGCUGGGGGGCAGCGGGGCAAGGGAGGCGCGGUCCCAGUCCGCGAGCUCCUUGACCCAGGCGCGGGCGAAGGAGACCGGCAUGAGCUUCGGCAGCAGGUUCACCUCGUGGGGUACGUCCAGGGCGGACGACGACAGGAGCGACGAGGGCUCCGCCGAGAGCAGUGCGGGGUCCGACAGGAACGGGGACGCCGCGGUGCUGAAGCAGGAAUUGACGUGGGGACAGUUCAUCACGCAGCGUUUCGAGGAACCGGCCUCUCCAACCAAGAAUAAUACUAGGGGCGGCCCGGCGCCUCCUCGAAAGCCACCGGCGGGCUUCAACGGCUUCGACGAUGAUGAUGACAACGACAUAGACGACAUCAUGUCGACGUUUGGACCGGUCUCGAUCCGGACGGGUCGAGAGGACAUACUAUUCGGCCCCCAGGACGAGGAACCGCUGCCCAUGUUCGACCGCAUCAUCGGGAAGGCUCGCGACGCUACUUCGGGCAGGCCGGACGGCAAGGGCGACGGGGCUCGUAACAGCACCGGCGGCGGCGGCGGGUCGGGCGGGGGGGCUCGCAACAGCAGUAUCGCGAGCAGGGCUCGGAGUGGGGCGGGCGCGGGCGGUAUCGGCGGCAAGACGGCCGGGGGCAUCCGCGGAACGUCGUCGGCCGGGGCGCAAGGGUUUCAUCACAAGAAGCCUACCGUGCCGCCACCGGCGUAUUCAACGCUGCCCCGGCCGAGGGAAGCCCCCUUGGCGGCGCCGUUGGGAGGUGGCGCGGAGAGGGGGGGUGGGGGGAGGUCGGCGCAGCCUGCCCGCGGCGGCGUGCCUGGACGUGGCACGCGUCGAGGAGAAAGCGCGCCUCGUCUGUUGGAAGACUCGCAAUCAGGCGGCCGACGAGCCCUCUCGGGGGCACCGUCACUGCAGCCCCGCAAAGGGGAGACCAGGCCAUGCUCCUACCCUGCUCCGGGUGCCGCGGACCAAGGCCGUUUCCCCGAUGGAGAACCCAGACUCAACCGACAUCGAGCUUCCACAGGAUUCGUGGGCAGCCGAGAGCUGGGCGGUCGAGAACCGGUGCGGCUUGGGGUGCCGUUGUCCAAGUUCCGCAAAGGACCGGACGCGAAUCGGCGUAAAGAUGGACCGCAGCAGCAAGGGGGGGUAGCUGCGGUAGCGGUGGCGGCGCCAUCCAGCAAUCGCGUACCCCCCGGGCCGGGGCAGGCGGCGGGGGUGGCGGCGGGCCGUGGUGCCGGUCCCGCCAACAUCGCGGGGAACUUCGUGGCCCCUUUGUCUCCUGUGCAGAUGUAUGGGGGGGGGGAGCGCUCCAACAAGGCAGGGCCCAAGGCCGCCCCCAAAUUCCACGGCCACCACCACCACCAGCACUCGGCGGAUUCCGGACGACCUGCCCCGGGAGGAGUCGGCGCGCCCCACGCUGCCGCCGCCGCCGCCGCCGCCGCCGCCGCCGCCGGCCCGGGAGCGCCCAUCGCAGCAGGGGGCGGGGGCGGGGGGGCGGGGGGGGCUGCUAACACGACGGCGCGAGGAGAAUCCACGCCGAAGCUUACGGCCAGCGCCCUGCAGCACCUCCAGCCGACGAUUCCUUCCCCUGCCCUGGCCGCGUUCGAGGCGAGGGAUCUGACAGAGGGCUUACCUUCCGCCGCGAAGCAGAGCAUGUACUGGGGUCCUGUGAAGAUUGCGAAGGCCAGGGGGCAGGCGAGGGCCCAGGCGGAGCGCGCGAAGGCCGAGAAGGCGGAGAAGGAGGCGCAGGAGCGGGCGCUGAUGGAGGAGCAGGCGUUCGUGGAGGCCUACUCGGCGUCGGCGGCGGCGGAGAAGGAGCAGCAGGCGGUGACCCUCAAGCUCGCCAGGGCGGAGGCUGCCAACGCGGUGGCGCAAGCAGACCGGGAGGCGAAAGCGCGCGCUGCCGCCCAGUCGUCGCAGGCGGUGGCGGCCGCGGCGGCGAGGGCGCAGGAGCGGCAGCGGCAGGAGCUGGCUGACGCGGAGGUGGCCGAGGCGCGGAAGCGCGCGCUGGCGCUGGAGGCCCGGGUGGCGGAGGACCGGAGACGCGCGGCGUUGCCGGCGGAGCAGCAGACGACGGCGGUUGCGGUCGGGGCUGUUGCGCCGGCGAUCGCGCGGGCUCGCGAUGAAGCCGAGGCGAGGCGAUUGCGGGCGGAGUUGGAGGCGAAGCGGGCGCGGGAGCGGCGGGACGCGAGCGAGAAGCAGGAGCGGGAGAGGAGAGAGAGGGAGAGGGAGGAGGCCAAGGCCGCGCGGGAGAGGGAGGCCCAGGCGGAGAAGGAGAGAGAGGCACAGCUGGACAGCGAGCGGAAGGAACAGGAGCGGCGGGAUCUGGAAAGAGAUCGGCAGCUGCAGCAGCUGCAGAGGCAGCAGCAGCAGCAGAAGGAGGUGAACGAGUCGUGGGAGCGGGAGCGGCGAAGGAAGGAGGAGCAGAACAAGGCGAAGGCCUUGCCCUCGACGGCGUUCUCCAACGACCUCCUUUCCGCCUCAUCCAAGACAUCGUGGGAGGCCGGCCCGAGGCAGUCGAGGAACCAGUCGGGCACGGCGGUGGGGCGUGGGGCCGGGGCGGGAGGGGGCUUCUUUGCCGCCUCCCCCGUUGGCGACAUCCCGCCUUUCCGAGGGGAGUUGCCGCCCGCUGUGGGCUCGCCGGAAGCCGCUCCGAUCCCGACGUUGGCAGCGAUCGAAGCCCGCAGCAGCGCAUCAGGCGACGCUUCUGCAACAGCUGGUGAGAUAGCAGCGGUGGCAGGCCCACCGCCUCCGGAGGAGGAUGGUGAGAUGGCGCAGCUGGCGGGGUCCCGGUCGGUGGAGCCGAGCGCAGCGGCAACGGCUGCCGCCUCCAUGGUUCCGGUUGUUGCGGGGAGCGGAGCCGCCCCGGCAGCAGCGGUGGAAGCGGGGGCUACAACGAAGGAUGUUGCGGAUGGAGGAGGAGCUCUGGAGGUGUCCAUCCGAGCGGAGGACGGUGUCGUCGCAGCGGCGGCGGCGGCGGAGUUGCCGGAGGAGGUGGCAACGGCGGCGGUGCUGGAUGCGCCCCCGCCGCUGACCCAGGCGGAGCGCGACGAGAACAUCCUCCGCGCCCACCUGGCGUCUUGGCGGUUCUGCUUCCACGAGGCCGCCGCGCUGCUCACCCCCGUGCUGGGCGCGGGGUACGUGGAGACGCCGAACGGGACGGUCGGCGGCGGCGGCGGCGGUCGCAACGGCGGUGACUCCGGGCCCGUCGGGGGGGCGUUCCUGGUGUCAUCUACCGAGGAGGUGGACCUGCACUCGGAGCUCUGGGCGAAGCUCGUGCAGGCGGAGGCGCUGAUGCUGCAGACCAUGCUAUCGGUGUCCUCGGGCGCGAACAAGGACACCAUGGCGGCGUGCGAAGCCGUGUCGGAGGCGCUGGAGGUCUGCCUGCCGCCUUCGAAGAGCCGGGACACGGUGCGGGACGACAUCGCGUUCAAGCUUGCCGCGGCGGCGGAGGUGACGCGGUCAUCGCGACCGGACGGGUCGUCAUCGGCUUCCCAAGACGCGUAUGAAGCUGUGAGCUUGCCGCCCACGCUGGCGGAGCAGUUCCGGGCGCUGCUGAUGGAGCUGGAGGUACUGAUGGUGAGGGUAGCGAUGCAGCUCAUGGCCGGGCACCUGUUGAAGGCGGCAACCUCCACGCGAAAGUUCCUCAAGACCUCCAACUGGCUUCUGAAGGCGAAGGACACGGACUUCAAGACGGCCAAGCGCGCAAGAGACAAGGCAGCAGCCGCCGCGGCCAGCUCGGGCGUGGGGAUCAUCCAGAGCUUCUUCUUCAAGCAAAAGGCGCCCGCGCCCGCCCGCCCCGCCGCCGCCGCUGGGCGCGGCAGCACCCGGGCCGUCAACGGUAAGGUGAACGGUGACCUAGCCAACGGGAGGAAGAGGAGCGACGGCGGGCGUACGGGGUCGUCGAGGUUUUCGAACGGAUCUGCGCCGGGGACCGCGGACGAGGAGAGCUACCGGUUGAUCGAGGGGGCGGUGCCGACGGAGUUCGCCGGGAGAGACUGGGUGGGGUACCUCCACCACGUGGACUUCAUCGUGGCGCUGAUGCACGUGGGGACGUCGUUGAUGCCCAAGGGUCUCGUGAAGCUCAUCGAGCAUGUGGUGGGCUACACCCCAUCAUUCGACAAGGGUCUCAGCCUCCUCUCGGGCUGCUGCAGCACCAAGGGCAUGCGGCGGCCGUGCGCGGUAGCCGUGCUGGAGCUACUGGUAUUCAGAGAGCGUCGGGUUUCCACCGCUAGUAUCCACAGGGUGGGCGGGGGCGGGGCGGGGGCGGAGAUGAUGGCUCGCGCGGUGGCGCUGGAUAACGCGCAGGGUGCCCUGGAGUCGUUCUACGCGUCUUUCCCGGUGGUGCCGCUGCUUUCCGUGGCCCACGCUAAGGCUCUCCAGACCUCCGGGGAGUACGAAGAGGCCUACGACCUGUGCCUCAUGGCGCAGAAAGUGGUUGACGAGUCCGUCGAGAAGGGCGACGGGAUGGGGCCGGCGCACGACCCCCACGUGCUCUGGCUGCAGCUUGCCUUCAGCUCUUUCUUCCUCCAGAGGUGGUCUCGAGCGCUUGACGUCUUCACGCGCAUCGUCGAGGGUGUCACUCAGGCAUGCGAAAACGACAAACGAGGGCUGACGGGCUUCAGCGCCGCGUACGCCGCGGCCAGCACGUGCGGGGUGCAGCCCGUCAAGCAGGGGGAGGUCCACAAGCUUAUCGACGUCGCCUGCGUCGCGAUCAAGAAGCAGGAAGCGGCGGGCUCGAAGGAACAUCCCGGGCUGCGGUCUAGGUUACAGGGUUACGCCGCACGCGGACCUCCGGGGGCGGAGCUGUGGCUUUUCGAGCUGCUGUAUCUGCACAACGCGUCGGCAGCAAACAGCAUGCCCGAGGCCUGGCACGAGAGCAUGCUGGAGCUCCUAGGGAACACGCCUGUGGCGGCCGUGUCGAGAGCCUACCCCCAGGAAGGGGUAACGUACACCCCCAGCGAGACGGAUGCCAUCAUGGCGCACAAGUUCACGGAGGUGCUGCUCACUGAGUCGCGGUUCGUGCUGCCGCACGCGCUAUACCUCACGGCCCACCUCUCCUACCGGCUGAGGCCCACGGAGGAGCAGCUCUUCCUGUCGUACGACCUCUGCGUUCGCGCGAAGCGGAUCAGGGACUACGACUUCGACUGCCAGGUCAAGAUAGGGAACCUCAUGACAAGCCUGAGGCACUACAUCAAUGCCGUGGAAGCGGCCGCCAAGUGA